GUCUCUCGUGUUACUGCUGUGUAGUCCACCUCACGUACGCUUCGGUAGACAGGACAAUGCGACGCCCGCGGGCAUUCACGUGCUCAAAGCUCAAGGCUGAGCCCCUUCCCCCGCCGACCCGCAAGCCGCUGGGCUAUGCCCUAACCCCUGCGACGACUAGUGUGCAAGCGAGCAGUUCUCCGUGUAAGUGCGGAAAGUGCGGGGAAUCUCCGACGGCAGCGUCGUCAUCCUCGACGGCAUCAUCAUCAUCGUCACAAUCCCCCUCGUCCUCCCGUAUCCGCGAGGCCACCUCUGCCGGGGGACAAGGCUCCCGAGCGCCCCCCCUCGCGGAAGCGCUCGGCCCGUCGAACAACGGCUCCCCGGCCACCGCCGGCAGACCGCGGUUUCGACGGCUACCCCGGAACGCCCAUCUCCCGCGUCGAAGCGUGUUCAACAACCCGCCGCCGUUGCCGGCGCCACCGUCGACGUCCCUCCUAGCAAGAGGAGGAGGAGAGCUGGAAGAACAAGGAGGAGAACGAGCCGGAGGCCUGGCGCCGCCGCCACCACCGUCCGACCAGCGCAAGCGAGGGAGCGACAGAGGGCUUCGACGAAUGCAAGGCGCCCGCCACAGACGCCAGCGGCGUUUUCUCGAUGGGCUCGUCUUCAUCCAGAGCAGCCUUCGGCCGACGCCGCCGGCGAGUGGGCGGCUGACAAAACAAGCAUCAACGGCGAACGGCGAGGAGAUCCCUGGAACUUUCCUGACGCGAAGCGCGAGACCGCGGGAGGAGACUGGUGAUGUGGGCUACACCGUGGCUGGUAAAUCAAUCGAUUGGAUUUAUUUGAAGAACGACAACGACCGUGCGGCGACGAGGGAUGAAGAUCUUCCGGUGUUUUGUAGCACCACCAGGUGGUGAGCAUGUGGUGAUUUUUUAGUCGCGGCAUUCCCACCCUACCCAUUCUCUGGCGCCUACCAGCAGCCUCCUGCAGUUUUCAGCCCACCUUUCUGAUUGGUUUAUAAUUUUGACGUAUCAGCCAGGGUUCACAAGAGCGUGGGGAAGGUUAAAAUAGAACGCGUCCUGCUUCCCCCGCCCCCCGUUUUUUUCGGCCAGUUACAACAAGGGCUUGGUUGGGAGUUUAUCGGGCGUGUUUUUUUUUUUUCUCCUUGUAAUAUGCAUACGGCCCCGAAAAAUUAGUUCAACCAACGCUGGUCGAGGAGUGUGUUGUGUGAUGUUGGUUGGAUACCUCGUGUUGUCGGUUUCAGGUCACCUAUCGUAUGCAUACGCCGUCACAAACAGGAGUAAAGGAGAGUUUCACGCGUUUCCCGCCCAGUUCGUGAAAAGUGACGCAUGCCCUUCAUGUUGUGCCACUUAAGCUGGCCGUUGCUUGCGUUUGCUUGUUUUUUUUUUUUUUUGCUUUCUCGGUGUGAUGUGAAAAAAUGCCGACAAGGCCGGUGGGGUCUGUCAACCAAUAACAGCAUAUUGUAGUUGAACGCGCUAAUCGAAUUUCUAGAGCCUCUACGUCCCAGCUGAUGCCAGGAGUAUUUUGGCUUUUAGUGCUGCUGCGUGCGUGUGGCGAUUUCCGCGGGAGCUGUCGAUUUCUGUGGUUGGAUCUGACUUGGUGGCUAGUAAAGCAGUCACCAUUUACAAUUGUAUGCAUACGAUGCUGCUUUGCUGUUGCGAUGCUGCUUUGCUAUUGCUUGAGGCGUGGCUCUCAUCACAUUUCUAGCAUAUUGUAGUAAACACCUGCAUUCGCACCCUCGAAACGGGAUAAAUCGAGUAGAACAGCCGCAGCGUGGUAAACUACAUCGUGUGUAGACUACAUUUCCGUUGGACUAGACGAUACAUACGAUAUCUUCGCGGUGCCGCUGUACGUGUGCUGCUGUAGUCUGCAACGCCAGCGUACGGCGUCUAGAAGGCUGUACCAAUCAGGGCGGCCGGUAGGGUCCACGCGGGGGGUAAGGGGGGUGUACGUACAGCGUAUGAAAGGUCCCCCCAGGGUGGCCUCUUACUAUUUGUUGUUGGUCGGGGAGUUGUUCGCGUUGAGUUUGGCCUGGUCAUCACUUUGGAUGACGCCCGCCUCACUUUGGAUGACGCCCGCCUCAGGCUUGGGACUGGAAAUCCUGGACGGUUUCAUUUUUUGUUGUGUCUUCCCCUCGACGUGGAGGCAGUUGGGCAGACAGGACGGUUAUUUGUUGUUCGUUUGUAUAAAUUGUACGGGCAGUCUACGCGUGGUACUAUUAGAUUUGUGUCUCCCUGCUCUUGGUAUGGCGAGGAGAAAAGGGUCAGUCCUGCUGCUUUC